UUCUGCCUUCAAGCGCUCUAGAACAAAUCAGCUGGUGAACUGAACCCGAUCGAAUCGCCUUUUUUUUGUUUACUUCUACAUUUUGUUAUCAUAUCAACGAACGCGACUGUUCCUUUUUUUUCGCCCGCGCGAUAAUAAAAUCACCGAAUACUUCACUCAGAACUCUUUACUCAGCGCACCCCAGAAUUCCGAGUUCCCAACCCAUUUCAGUUCUCUGACUUAACAUGUCCUCCGGCAAGAUCCUUCCACGUCGCCAGGCGGUUCCAGUCCUCUACACCAGGGGCACCCACUAUGAGGUGGGCUUCGAUAUGGGCCGCACUUUUGGCUCGAUGAUCAAGAACUUUCUGAUCUUAUCGAAGCCCCUCAACGAGACCUACUUGCCGCUCUACCAUUCCCCGAAAGGCAGGCAAAUCUAUAACGAGACCCUGGGAUCGGUGAAGGACAGCUUCCCGCAGUAUAUUCGCGAACUGGAGGGCGUGGCCGAUGGUGCGGAGGUGGAAUUCCAUAAGCUAUUUCUACUGCAUCUGGAUGAGAUUCUGCCGCAGGCAUUGAAGCACCAGCCGCGCAGCAAAAACCAACCCACCGGCUGCUCCACGAUCAUUGUCAACCAGAAGAAUUGCCGCCUGCUGGGCCACACCGAGGACGCCCUGACGGAGACCCUGAACCACUACUACUUCGUGGUGGCCCACAUCAUCAGCGACAAGCCGCAGGGCAAGUACAACGUGAAGGAGGAGCACUUCAUGUCCCUCUGCUACGCCGGCCACCUGCCCGGCUACACGAUGAGCCAGAACCACCACGGCCUGGUCUUCAGCAUCAACACCAUCAGCGCGGAGCUCCUGCGCAGCGGCAAGACCCCUCGACACUUCAUCACCAGAGCUCUGUUGGCCACCAGCAACGUGGACGACGCCUUCCGGGUGCUCAAGGAUGCGGGAGUGGGAGCGGCGGACGCCUGCUCCGUCAACUUCACCUUCCUGGCGGAUCCCCGCCAGAUGUGCUACAACGUGGAGAUGGCUCCCUCGCCGGAGCGCAAGAACGAGUCCCAUUUGAAUGUGAAGGAGGUGCCGCUGGGCGAGCACAACUACCAUGUCAACCAGUUCGACCGCAUCCGGCAGGACCAGGCCAACGACCUGAUGAUCGACUCGAGCAUCUCGCGGAUGCAGACCUUUGGGAGCUACAAGCCGCCGAUGAGCGAGCAGGAUGUGCGCCACAUGCUGGGCGACGUCUCCGGCGGCGUCUACUGCGUCUGGCGGGAGAACAAGAGCUGCGACGAGGUGGUGAAGACCAUAGCCGUGGGCAUCUUCGACCUGAGUGCCCGGACCAUCUCCCUCUACUCGGACAACCCCAGCGAGACGGAGCCCCACUGCCGCCUGCCGCUGCUUUUCAAGUAGAUCCAAGUAGCACCAUCUCGCGCCUCUACUUAACCCUUCUCAAAUGAGCAUUAUGAUCUAUAAUCCAUCAGAUUAUGGUACUUAACCAUUCUCAAAUGACUAUAUACUAUAGCAUUAUGAUCUAUAAUCAAUCAGAUACAGGUAUUGUCAGCUAUUGAGGGCUUCUUCUUAACCGUUUUUGUAUUCCUCGUUUAGGGUUUUCUAAAGAUAAACGUUUCCUAGAUGUACAAGAUCUUAAAUGAAUCAAACAUUCUCAGCUAGACUUUUAUUUUUCGAAAUUCUUUAAUUUUUGAAGAAUUGAAAGAAAAUUGCUUCAUCAUUUAAAGUAAUAUUUCUUUUAUACGUUGAAUAACCAAUCUAAAUAGUUAUACAACGCCCAAUGGCUACUGUUUCUAACAUUUUAUUAUGCAAUGAUUUUAAAUUUACCAUAUUUCUUUAUCACAUAUUUGUGUCUUCUACUCAAAUGACCAUAUGAGAUAUAUAAAAACUUACUCAGUGAAUUUACCACACAGAUAUAACAUGUUUUCAGCAUAUAUGUAAACACUUUUUAACUAAUUUUCAUGGUACCAAAAAUAGUUUAAAUAUUUUUUUUGCUUCUCUAAAUGUAUGGAUCUAAAUUAUGGAAAUUCGAACCGUUUUUUGUUAUCGAAUGAUUGUUUUUAUUUAUAAAAAUUCCAAAUUGUAUACGGAAUCUGAUAAAAAUAUCGUAUAUAUGUGAGUACAUUAUAACAAAAUUAUAAUUACUUUGGUCGUAUAUACAUAUGUGUACGGUCAUUAUAUGAAUAAAAACAUAUUUUUAUAAAAAA